AUGGUGAAGAACAGUAAACAAUACAACGUGAAGCUGAUCGACGAACUGUACAGUCAUGUGCCAGCAUUCACAGAUUUGUUCGAUGAGGAGACAUGGUACAUGUUUGUUGGUUGCUUUGUGGCAACCACGAUUGUAGUGGUAUUUAUUGUAUCUCGGUUUGUAACCAUUAAACCGGUUGAGUGGUAAAAUAUUUCCUUUCUGUCGCAAUGAUCCAUUAGAAAAUGUCCAGUGGUAUAGCAAAACUAACCUUUUUACAAAAAUGAAUGUUAAUCUAAUUUCAAAAUUCCAGUUUCUUCCUACAUUGGAGAUGAAAGCACUCCUUUUUCAGUUGAUUUGCUUAAGCCCCUUUGUCAUUGAAUAAGAAUAAAUGUAUACUAUAAAAGCACAUAUAUGUCACGAAUGUUUAUAAUAUUUCUGCUUGCUUUUAUUGUUAAGCUCUUUAUUGUGUGCUUUUCAUUUUCCAAUUCUAUGUUGAAAACCUUACAAUUUUGUUGGGUAGUAUACCAUAAAUUCCUCACAAAGUUAACAUGAAUCUAGUCUCUCUCUGCUUUGUUUGAUCUCUUCAUUUGUGAUUUGUUUUGUACCUAUAAUCGUGUUGUCUGCCAAAUAUACAUUGAUUGUAUAAAAA